AUGAUCCCCCCUCAUAACAAUCCUUUGGGAGAUUGCUUGAAGGGAUAUUAGGGUAUUCUAUGUGCUGACUGCAUAAAUGGCUACUCUAGAGACAAUGACUACUAAUGUGCUAUUUGUCCUUAGCCUUCAUUGAAUUCACUAAGACUGAUCUCGAUAUUCAUAGCUAUCGUUAUACUUGUUGUUCUAAUGAUAAGAUCAACUUUGAGAGGUGCCCAAGAUAUAAGCAAUCAAAUAGUUAGCUUUUUUACAACAACAAAAUAAGUUGCAACUUAAACAACCUAAGUGUUUAGCUUUGAUUGCUUUUUAGACACUGGGGGUGAAAGUAAAGGUUCUCAAAUGUCAAGAAUAUUUUUCUAAAAAUUAGUAAUCAUAGCAUUAUUCCCAUUCUUGCUCGCGAUUAUAUGCUCAUUAAUAUGGAAUAUCUACAGAUUUAUUAUAAAAAACUUUAUUGAAGUUGGAGGUAAAAUAAUGUCUAGUUUAGUAAUCUUACUUUUCUUGGUACAUCCUAGUUUGGUCACAUUUUCAUUUAAUGAUUUUAAAUGCAAAGAUGUAGAUGGGUAAUUAAGAGUUUAAGAUGACUUAGAAAUUGUUUGUUGGUCUCCAGAACACACAUUUUAUAGCUAUUUCGUUGCUCUUCCUUGUAUAGUUGUAUGGGGACUAGGAAUUCCAUUCUUCGCAUUGGCUAUUUUAAUUAAAUAAAGAUAUAAAUUAGAAAACUUUGAUACUAGAUAAAAAUAUGGGUUCCUUUAUAGAGGUUACAGGAAGGAAUACUAUUAUUGGGAAAUAGUGAUUAUGUAUAGAAAAAUCUUGAUAAUUUUUACCUCAGUAUUUAUUAGUAACUUUGGAAUAGUAGCCCAAGCACUAAUAAUAUUCUUCAUUCUCAUAAUAUUUUUACUGAUCAAUUUCAAGAAAUAGCCUUUUAAUACUCAAAUUCUCAAUGAUCUAGAAACAUUAUCAUUAAUAACAUCAAUGAUUACAAUCUACUGUGGACUAUUCUUCAUCUUAAAUAAGCCUAAGUAUUGGAUUGAACAAAACCCUGAUUAUGCUAGAGGCUCAGUGUCAUUAUCUGAUGCUUUUUAAAGGUUAUUUUUUGGCAUAAUUCUAGUCUCUAAUUUGUUCUUUUUCUUUUACUGGGUAUUAAAAAUGUAUGAAGAGGGAAAGGCUAAAUUUAGGGAAAAAUUUCCAAAAGCCUAUUUAACUUUAUGCUUAUGCUUCAACUAAUCCAAGUUUGAAAAAGAGAUUAUAGCAUACGAAAUUGAUAAGUAAAAUAUUAACUACUAUCAAUAAUUAAACAGUUAACUAAAAUAAAUAAAGUUAGUAUUUAGAAAAGAAUAAUAGAGAGGUGAUAAUGAUGAAAAUUUUACCCAAUUUUAUAUUAGAGAUUACGAUAGUAGGAUUUAGACUAUGUAAACUGAAGAUUCACAGUUAGAUAUUGAUUUUGAGAGAAAUUCUACUAAUAAAAGAAAACAAAACUUGAAGAAUGCUAGGAAGGAGCUUCCUUUAAGUUAUUACUUGAAGAAAAGAUAAUAAUAGGACAAAGAAUAGAGGGAAAGCGAAUUUCAAAACUAGUUAAGUCAACAAAUGUCUUCAACAGUACUUUUUGCAAAUCAAAAUUCGAAUUCUGAUAUCAAUUUCAAAGAAAUUAGUAAUUCAACUUUGGAAUAGUACACUAUUAAUAGUAAAAUAAAAGAUUAAAAUUAGAAUUAGAAUAAAAUCUAGUUCAGCAAAUCAUUGUUCAAUAACAAGCAAGUUCCUGACAUGCUUUAACAGAAAACUUUAACUAAAUUCUAAAAUAAUAAAGCUUCACGUUCUCCAAACUUCAAUAGAAAUUAGCAAGCCUAUAGAUUUGAAUCUAUAAAUUAAAGUUAGAUACAGUUAUUACAAAAGAGCUUAAGCUUUUCUCAACAGAACUCUGAUAGUUAAGAGUAUAUCUUACAGGAAGUGAUUGAUGAUGAAGAAUAAAAUAAAUAAGUAAAAUAUAUAGUCAAAAUUGCCAAUGAAUAUGAUGAGAGUUAAAAAUAAAUCCUUUUACAAAUUUCAAAAAAGUAAAAUAAAAACAGUAAAGUUAUCGAUGAAUUUAAGCUAGAAUUCAAAGACAAUAAAGGAAGGAGAUUUAAUAAAAAAAAAUCUUAAUCAGAAUAUUAGGAAUAACAAAUAAGCAUUGAUGUAAAUUCAGAUGAUUUGUCAGAGGAUCACAUUUUAAAAAGUUAAGACUAUAUAGAAGAGGGAAAAAAUAAAGAUCUUCAACAAUAAGAAAUAUAUGAAAUAUUUGGAGUGAAUGACCAAUUAAUAGAUUAUGAACAAGAAACAGUACAGUAUGACAAUGAUAAUGUCCUUUUGUUUUCUAACCUAGAAGGCUAAAAUAAACUGCUUGAAACUAUGGCGUUAAGAUUUUUACCUUCAAGAACAUUUAGAAUUAAAGAAAAUGAGAAUGGAAAUUAAACACAAAUAACUGAUAAAACUAUUUCGAAAUAAGGCGUUUCUUCUAAUAAAAAAUGGGCAGAUAUUCAAAUUGGAAAAGAUUAAUUGAAGAAAGUGAACGGUGUUGAUUAAAUGAUUUUAGAAUUGCAAGAUUUUACUUCUGACGAGGAAAUAAUAUCUAAGAGGAUUAAUAACUCGGAUUAGAGUGAGGGAUUUUCAUCCUUCAAAAAUCCUCAAAGUAGUGGUUCUCAUUAAUAGGAAAAACCUAAAAUAAUCGAUUGA